AUGCUGAUUGGCGGUCGCUGGGUCGAGACGGCGACCGAUACCUGGGAGGACGUCUACAACCCGUCGACCGGUCAGGUCAUCGCCCGCACGCCGCACGCCGGCAAGGAAGCAGUUGACGAAGCCGUCGAAGCCGCCGCCAAGGCGCUGCCGGAAUGGGCCGACACGCCCGUCGUCGAGCGCGCCCGGGUGAUGUUCCGCUUCCGCGCGCUGAUGGAAGAGCACUUCGAAGAGCUGGCGACCCUCGUCACGCGCGAGCACGGCAAGACGCUCGCCGAAGCGCGGGCCGAACUCAACCGCGGCGUCGAGAUGGUUGAGUUCGCCGCCGGCAUGCCCGCGAUGCUGAUGGGUCAAACGCUGCCCGACAUCGCGUCGGGCGUUGACGCCGAGUGCGUGAAGCAUCCCGUCGGAGUGUGUGUCGGCAUCACGCCGUACAACUUCCCGAACAUGGUGCCGCUGUGGAUGUUCCCCGUUGCGAUCGCCUGCGGCAACACGUUCGUCUUGAAGCCGUCCGAGAAGACGCCACUCUCCGCGGUGCGGCUCGGUGAGUUGCUGACCGAAGCGGGUUUGCCCGACGGCGUGUUCAACAUCGUUCAUGGCGCGCGGGCGUGUGUCGAGGCAUUGCUAACGCACCCAAAGGUAGCGGCGAUCUCGUUCGUCGGUUCGACGCCCGUCGCGAAGAUCGUCUACGAGACUGGCACGAAGCACGGCAAGCGAGUGCAGGCCGCCGGCGGGGCCAAGAACCACCUCGUCAUCAUGCCCGACGCCGACAUCGAUCAGACCGUCAAGCAACUCGCCGCCAGCGCCUACGGCUGCGCCGGCCAGCGCUGCAUGGCGGGGAGCGUCGCGGUGGCGGUCGGCGGGGCAGGGGACCCGCUCGUCGAGGGCCUCGUCGAUUUCGGCAAGGCGAUGAAGGUCGGCCCCAGCGACCCCGCCGUCUCAAGCGCCGCCGAGACGAUCGGCAUGGGCCCGUUGAUCCGCGACGAUCAUCGCAAGCGGGUCGCAUCGUAUCUUGAUAUCGCUCUGCAAGACGGCGCGACGGUCGCGCUCGAUGGCCGACAAUCGGCGAGUGGCGACGGCUUCGUGCUGGGCCCGAGCGUUGUCGAUCACGUGGCGCCGACGAUGCGUGUCGUGAAGGAAGAGAUCUUCGGCCCCGUGCUCAGCGUCGCCCGCGUCGAGACGCUCGAAGAAGCUCUCGCCCGAGGCGACGGCUGCGAGUUCGGCAAUGGCGCCGUGAUCUUCACGCAGAGCGGCCACGCGGCGCGUGAGUUCAAACGCCGCUUCAACGCCGGCAUGAUCGGCGUCAACGUCGGCGUCCCGGCGCCGAUGGCUUGGUUCCCGUUCACCGGUUGGAACCGCUCGUUCUUCGGCGACCUCCACAUUCAAGGGACCGAGGGCAUCCAGUUCUACACCCGCCAGAAGGUGACGCUCACCCGCUGGCCCAAGCCGAGCGAGUCGCACCACGACCCCGUUUGGCGCAGCGGAAGUCCGAUGUCGAUCAGUCGUCGAGCCUUUGGCGGUAUCGCCGCCGCCACUGCCGGUCUGGCAAUCACUUCCCCAACACGGGCCGAGACGGCCCCUGCGCCGAAGGUCCGCAACCGCAUCGCGGUCUCGACCUACUCCUUUUGGCGGUUCAAGGACGACUCGAAGCUGUCGAUCGAGGAGUGCAUCGAUCAGGCCGCGCGGAUGGGGUUUGAUGGGGUCGAGAUACUCCACAUCCAGAUGGAAAGCGAAGACCCUGGCUACCUGCAACGCCUCAAGCAACAGGCCUUCAUCAACGGUCUCGACCUCUGCGGCCUCAGCACGCACCAGGGUUUUGUCUCCCCCGAUGAAGCGGUCCGGCAGAAGAACAUCGAUCACACGAUCCACACCAUCGAGCUCGCCUACGCCCUCGGCAUCCCGACGAUGCGCGUCAACACGGGGCGCUGGGGGACCAGCGGGGACUUUGAUGAGCUGAUGGCCAACCGCGGCGUCGAGCCGCGGCUGCCGGGCUACACCGACGACGAUGGCUUUGCUUGGGUGAUCGACGCGUUUGAGAAGAUCAUGCCGACGGCCGAGAAGUGCGGCGUGACGCUCGGCCUGGAGAACCACUGGGGUCUCGGCCUGACGCCCGAGGGGGUGCUGCGGAUCGUUGACGCGGUGGACUCCCCCUGGCUCCGCUGCACGCUCGACACGGGCAACUUCCUCGAAGACCCCUACGACCGUCUGGAGAAGAUGGCGCCGGAGACGGUCUUCGUCCAAGCCAAGACCUACCACGGCGGCGGCCUGUGGUAUUCGCUUGAGCUCGACUACCCGCGGAUCGCCGCGAUGCUCCGCCGCCACGACUACCGCGGCUACGUCUCGCUGGAGUUCGAGGGCGAGGAAGACUGGCGGACAGCAAUCCCCAAAAGCCUCGCCGAGCUCCGGGCAGCGUUCGGCUAA